AUGGGGUGGCGGCUUCUGGAGGAUCAGGAUGCUCUUGUUUGUAGGAUUCUCAAGGCGAAGUACUUCCCAAAUGGCGAUUUUCUUACUGCUCGGAAAGAUGAUUGCUUCCGAGUUUCUGCUAUGUGUCCUCCGGGAUUUGAUGGAACCUGCGUCUGUGACCUUAUGAAUCCGACUACGGGCAGUUGGGAUACGGAGCUGCUGCAUGACCUUUUGGGCGACGCUGAUGCCCAAUCUGCUCUUGGCAUUCCCCUUAAGUCCAACCUGGGCCCGGACAAGUUGGUGUGGCACUUUGAGGAGAAAGGAAGGUAUACUGUGAAAACGGCUUAUAAGUUGGCGAGCUCACUCACCCUUGAUGCUAUGUAUAGUGUUGACGGUCUUUGGAACAAGCUGUGGAAAGUCAAAGUCCCUCCCAAGGUACGGAACUUUCUUUGGCGAGCUGCUCGUAACAAUCUCCCCUCUAAGGAGCAAUUGUUAUCUCGUGGAGUCGUGGUUGGUGGAGAAUGUGAAACUUGCAAGACUAGCAUUGAGAACCUGUGGCACAAGUUUUCUUUUGCCCGUUUGCGGAGGCUUGCUGGAGCGCAGAUUAUUGGGGGUAGCAAUGAGGAGUUGAAAGCAAGGGUUUGCAUGGUAAUGUGGCAAAUAUGGAAGGAUCGAAAUGGUGUCAUUUGGAAGGGUGUCCUCCCUUCCCCAGGUCGCUCUACCUCUCUGGCGGCUGAAUGUCGGGUGGAGUGGCUGUUAGCACGGAGGAAACGAACUGCACAGAAUCCCCAGGCGCCCCCUGCUACCAGUAUUGGAAUUGUGAUUCGUGACCAUGAAGGGCAGUUCAUGACUGGUAAAUCCCUUCGUUUUCUGGGACUUCAUAGGGUGGAAGAAGGCGAGCUUAUGGGAAUUAAAGAGGCGCUGUCGUGA